UCAUAUGGCUGCCGCUUUAACUAACUUCUCAACUCUGACAGAGAAAGUGGCUCAAAGGCGCAUUCUGUCAGUGGAUGUGAACCAACAACCGGAGAGGAGAUAAAACACAGAACAUUUCUGAGACUCCCUCUUUCUUGGAUUAUUAAUUAAGUUUACAAUUCACUCAUUUUGAGGUAUAGGAUUGUUGAUCCCUCGUGUGUACCUGCUCUGCCAGACUCGCGCACCGACUGAAUCAGACAUUUUUUUUUCUGUUGGUAGAAAGUUUGAAAACCAGGUGAAUGUAUAGCAUGAUGAUGGAGACGGACCUCCAUUCCCCUGGACCCCAAACGAACACAAAUUCGGGGCAGUCGGGACCGAACAGCGGGUCCAAAGCGAAUCAGGACCGAGUGAAGCGUCCGAUGAACGCGUUCAUGGUGUGGUCCCGUGGGCAGCGGAGAAAGAUGGCCCAAGAGAACCCCAAAAUGCACAACUCCGAGAUCAGCAAGCGGCUGGGCGCGGAGUGGAAGGUGAUGACGGAAGCGGAGAAGAGACCCUUCAUCGAUGAAGCGAAGCGGUUACGAGCCAUGCACAUGAAGGAGCACCCGGAUUACAAGUACAGACCAAGACGGAAGACCAAGACCCUGCUGAAAAAGGACAAAUACUCUCUGGCCGGUGGCCUGCUCUCUGGGGCUGGCGGUGGUGGAAUGGGUCUGGGGGUCGGGGUGGGUUCAUCCGGGGUUGGCCAGAGGUUAGAGAGCCCCGUGUGCCACGGGGGCUCCGCCAGCUCAGGCUACACGCACAUGAACGGCUGGGCGAACGGUGCGUACUCGGGGCAAGUGGCUGCAGCAGCUGCGGCCGCGGCGAUGAUGCAGGAGGCGCAGAUAGUUUACAGCCAGCACCCGGGCAGCGGGCACCACCACCACUCACACCACCACCACCACCCGCACAACCCCCAGCCCAUGCACCGCUACGACAUGUCGGCGCUCCAGUACAGCCCCAUCUCGAACUCUCAGGGCUACAUGAGCGCCUCUCCGUCCGGCUACGGCGGGAUCACCUACACGCAGCACCAGAGCUCUGGCGUCUCCUCCUCCGCUGCCAUGAGCACGUUAGGGUCGCUGGUGAAGUCAGAGCCGAGCGGUGUCCAGUAUGAGGACUGUCAUGAGGGACUGUCCAUGAAUCACCAUGGAAACCUGUGAUUGACAGACAGGCGCUAGCCCCAUCUGGCUGGCUGGCAGGCCGUCAUUACGAUGAGCAGGAGGAGAUUUGCUGUACGGCGACAGGACCGUACGAAAAAUGUCAACGAUCGCCAGAGCCCCAGAUUUCCUCCCAUCCCCCAAGUACCUCAGCUAAUGGUACCCAAUGUUAUCUAAUGCCCAUAUUUAUCAUUCAAAUAAUCUAGACUGAAGUUAGCUGCAAUACACCCCCACACACCUCACUGACUCCCCUUAUGUACCAACACCUCAACACACUUCACUGACUCCCCUUAUGUACCAACACCUCAACACACCUCACUGACUCCCCUUAUGUACCAACACCUCAACACACCUCACUGACUCCCCUUAUGUACCAACACCUCAACACACCUCACUGACUCCCCUUAUGUACCAACACCUCAACACACCUCACUGACUCCCCUUAUGUACCAACACCUCAACACACCUCACUGACUCCCCUUAUGUACCAACACCUCAACACACCUCACUGACUCCCCUUAUGUAUCAACACCUCAACACCACUCAUUGACUGCCCUUAUGUACCAACACCUCAGCACACCUCACUGACUCCCCUUAUGUACUAACACCUCAACACCACUCAUUGACUGCCCUUAUGUACCAACACCUCAACACACCCCACUGACUCCCUUAUGUACCAACACCUCAACACACCUCACUGACUCCCCUUAUGUACCAACACCUCAACACACCUCACUCAAACCCCCUUACACUUUCCCCAUGUACCUCAUCCCAACCACUUUGGAACAUACCCAUCCUCCAACCUGUCUGUCACUAAUCACUCCCUACACUCCUCACCCCAACCAUCCCUCACACCACCCACCCCCUCCUUACCCCCACACACCUUAGCCUGCCUCCUGUGUAAAUACCCUGUCUCCCUCUAUUGGCCUAUGUCUCAGCAGCGCUCUGCAUGUUAACAUUUCUAAACCCCCUCAAAUUGUGACUAACAAACAUUUUGUAGCCUUCAGUCUUUUUGAACAGUCAGCCAGCCCUGCAUGCCAAACAGCUAGCUAGAACAGACUGAGACAGACUGGAAGACUGGCACCCUGACCAGAGAGUAAGUGCUGUGUUUAUCCUCUCAUACAUACACCACCAGCUUACUCCGGUUUGGCAGGACAGUGACAAAGGACCAGCCAAUGCCUGGCAAACUGACAGGCAUCCGGGCUAGUUAGCACCUAGGAAGAGGUUCUAUAACGAUAAAGGAGAAAAGACAAGCAAUGUGUACUCAUCCUUCUCCUCUCCAGUGAAGUCUUACCACUCAUCCUUCACCUCUCCAGUGAAGUCUUAUCACUCAUCCUUCUCCUCUCCAGUGAAGUUUUACCACUCAUCCCUCUCCUCUCCAGUGAAGUUUUACCACUCAUCCUUCUCCUCUCCAGUGAAUUCUUACCACUCAUCCUUCUCCUCUCCAGUGAAGUCUUACCACUCAUCCUUCACCUCUCCAGUGAAGUCUUACCACUCAUCCUUCUCCUCUCCAGUGAAGUUUUACCACUCAUCCUUCUCCUCUCCAGUGAAGUUUUACCACUCAUCCUUCUCCUCUCCAGUGAAGUCUUAUCACUCAUCCUUCACCUCUCCAGUGAAGUCUUACCACUCAUCCUUCUCCUCUCAAGUG